AGAAGGCCGAGGAUGGCCUACGGUGCGUGUUAUCUGAAGGGAACACGCUUUUUCGACCGCGGUGGUAUGCCUGCAUUUCUAGGCGGGCCCUCUCCUCGUUCCGCCCGCAGGCCCAUUGGGAUAGCAGCCUUCGGGCUUUGCCUGCCCUUGAUAUAUCGGCCCGGGAAAGCGCUGGCAACAACAGAAAGGAAGGGGUCCAUGUAGCUGCUGCGUCCGCCCCCUUCUUAGUCAAUGGGGCUAAGAAGGGGCUGCAGGUUCGGCAUCUACUAAAAAAGAAAGAAUCCACUUGAGAUAACCACGCCUCUGCUAGGCAGCGUGUGGAAUGGCCAAGAGCGGACCUUUUUGGAUAUAUAAUCCAAGUGGAGAGUGGGGUUACGGGAACAGCCGUCUGAUGGAAAACCACUUUCACGUUCGGUUCAGAGAGCACUUUUUUUCGUCGAGAAAUCUUCGUUCCCUUUCGUGUGAAUUCCCCUGCGGCGAAUUCAAAACUGUUGGGGCCCCAUCUCUCGAGCCCCGAAGAAAACCCCUCCCCUUCGGACUCCAUAUCCCUCCCUUUUGACUCUAUAUAUGUGGGCACCUGAUAUCUAUGAGGGUUCACCCAUCCCGGUUACAGCAUUCCUUUCUAUUGCGCCUAAAAUUUCUAUUUUUGCUAAUAUUUCACGUGUUUCUAUUUAUGGUUCCUAUGGAGCUACAUUGCAACAAAUCUUCUGUUUCUGCAGCAUUGCUUCUAUGAUUUUAGGAGCACUGGCCGCCAUGGCCCAAACGAAAGUCAAAAGACCUCUAGCUCAUAGUUCAAUUGGACAUGUAGGUUAUAUUCGUACUGGUUUCUCAUGUGGAACCAUAGAAGGAAUUCAAUCACUACUAAUUGGUAUCUUAAUUUAUGCAUUAAUGACGAUAGAUGCAUUCGCCAUAGUUUUAGCAUUACGGCAAACCCGUGUCAAAUAUAUAGCGGAUUUGGGCGCUAUAGCCAAAACGAAUCCUAUUUCGGCUAUUACCUUCUCCAUUACUAUGUUCUCAUACGCAGGAAUACCCCCGUUAGCCGGCUUUUAUAGCAAAUUCUAUUUGUUCUUCGCCGCUUUGGGUUGUGGGGCUUACUUCCUAGCCCCAGUGGGAGUAGUGACUAGCGUUAUAGGUUGUUGGGCGGCCGGAAGGUUGCCACGAGUAAGUAAGUAAGUUUGGGGGACCGAAGUCCCUUUCGAUGACCUGGCACCGGACACGUAGCUUACCGAAUCAGUUGCGACACCGAUGGGAAUGCAUGCUACGAAAGAUAGGGUAGAGUCUGAUACAUCAACCGUCUACUCAAUAUCCUUGUACGAGUCCACAAUCACUACACGAGAUGAACCUUGGUUUGGUGAAUUGAAGUUGGCCUUAGGUGUAAAAGGACUCCCAGUUACUGCGCGCGAUCGUAUACUGAGGUGCUCCCCGCCGGUUGUUGGAACGACGCGAGCCGGGCCUCCAUUCAGAAAGAUGAAGGGUCCAAACAAAGGUAAAAAUAGGGGGUUACAAAUGCCCCAUCUCAUUGGGGGCGGAAAACGAAUCGACAUCUCGAUGUGAUACAGCCUUUUCCAUUUUAGUUGGGAAAGAACGGCGAAGUCCAUCCGAACCGUCCAAUGAAGAAUAAGAGGAGAGCAAAGCGCCAAUGGCGCGCGAAGCGCAUGCGAAACAGGCACGGAGAAAAAUAAGUGUGGAGGAUAAGCAGCCGAGCUCAUUCCCUUCGCUUCCUGGGCCCCAAGCAGUGCAGUCUUUCCUGGCCAAAUCCUUGAUUGGGGGCUUCUUGCUGCGCUACUUAACUAUAGAAAGACUUUUUUUCUAGUCAUAUAUAUUAAUAGAAAGAUAGAUCCAUCCAUCUAUCCUAUCCGAUUUAGAUUUAUAUAAGAAAGAAUUUUUUUCAUUCAACGUUUGAUUCAAAGAACUGCGCUAAGCCCCCCCCCGCUCAUGAAAAGGCUCUGCUGCAAUGGAUGGCAGAGGGUCCGUAGUAUCCAAAGCACUGGAGUGGUCCAGUAGCCGGGAAGGGGCCUAGAAGUGCCUACUACUACACCACACUACACUCGGCUCUACACAUUUACAGAGCUAACCCCUGUCCAGUCCCUGGCAGAGUGAAGGGGGCUUCCGUCCUUUUUCCCUAUCCCCUCGCUUUGCUAUAAAAGCAGGCUAACGGGGCCUUACUUAUUCAGGGGGGGAGUGGAGCCCCGAGAAGCACUGUAUAGAGGAAGAUCCUCGGCCCCUCCUCAUUCUCUACAGGGUUCCAAACCUUUCUUCAACAUAGGUGACAACGAGCGGGGCAGAGAUGGAAGAGAUCGAACACGAGAAUAAGAAGCAAGCUCGCCUUCCUUUUUGAUCAUUUUGAUAGAGAGGGAUGGAGAAAGUGGACAAAACGGAGUAGCAUUUCCCAGUCGAAAAGAGAUGGGUUCUCGUCUUGCAUUUCUCAUCGAACAAAUACGGAAAAAGAAUCAUAUUGAAAAACGUUCCUAACCCACCAACCCCUUCCUUCGUAGA